AUGACACCUGUCAAUCACACUGAUGUGCACGAGUUUGUUCUCUUGGGGCUGACCACCUGCCCAGAUCUCCAGGUCCCCCUUUUCUUGGCUUUCCUGGCCAUGUACAUGGUGACCCUCUCAGGGAACUUUGGGAUAAUUGUAUUAAUCAGGACCGAUCUUCACCUUCACACCCCCAUGUACUAUUUCCUCGGCCACUUGGCUUUUGUCGAUGUCUGCUAUUCCUCCGUCAUCCUCCCCAAAAUGCUGGUGCAGAUCUUGACAGAGGAGAAAACCAUCGGCUUCUCGGGGUGUGCAGCCCAGCUCUGCUGCUUCGUCGUUUUUGGGGUCACCGAGUGCCUCUUGCUGGCCGUGAUGGCCUACGACAGGUAUGUGGCCAUCUGCAAGCCCCUCCUGUACCCCACCAUCAUGUGCGGAUGGAUGUGCUGGUGGCUCGUCAUUGGUUCCUAUGCCAUCGGUGUCUUGCACGCGGUGACGCACACCACUUUCAUCUUUACUUUCUCCUUCUGCCACUCCAAUGUUAUCAACCACUACUUCUGCGACAUUGCCCCGCUCUUAGCUCUCUCCUGCUCCGACACCCACACCUACGAGGUGGUCGUCCUUGCUCUCGUCAGCAUAAACUGUCUCAGCACCAUGACCAUCAUCUUCGUCUCUUAUACUUAUAUCCUCCCCGCUGUCCUGAGGAUCCGCUCUCCGGAGAGCAGGAGAAAAGCCUUCUCCACCUGCGCCUCCCACCUGACGGUCAUCACCAUGUUUUACGGGGCAAUCUUGUUCAUGUACCUGCGCCCCAGCUCCACCUAUGCAUUGGAUGAGAACAAGAUGGCCACGCUGUUUUACACCGUCAUGACCCCGACGCUGAACCCCUUGGUCUAUAGCCUGAGGAACAGUGAGGUGAAGGCUGCCCUGAGAAGAGCGGUUGGGAGAAGGCAGUAG